UUUGCCCAUUUAUAUAACGGAUCGUAUGGUAGGACAUAAAUUGGGAGAAUUCGCACCUACUAUAAAUUUUCGCGGACACGCAAAAAAUGAUAAUAAAUCUCGUCGUUAAUAUUAUUAUAAUAAAUUAUAAUAAAAAAAAAUAGAGAUUAAUUAAUGAAUUCAUUAGUGAGAGGUAAACUUUAUGAUAAAGAUAAAGAAACACAGGAGGAACCCAUAUACAACUUCAGACGAAGUAUACGCUUUAGGUCAACAUAUAUGUAUGUCUGCUCACAAAGCACGAAGAAUAAUUGAUCAGAUUCGUGGACGUUCCUACGAAGAAACACUUAUGAUACUAGAACUCAUGCCUUAUCGAGCAUGUUAUCCCAUUUUAAAAUUGGUUUAUUCUGCAGCAGCAAAUGCUCGUCACAAUAGGGGUUUCAAUGAAGCGAGUUUAAUCAUUAGUCAAGUCGCAGUAAAUGAGGGAACUACUCUGAAAAGACUAAAACCUCGAGCUCGAGGACGGAGUUAUCUGAUAAAAAGACCCACUUGUCAUAUAACUAUUGCAUUGAAAGAUCUUGAAUUUGAACCACUUGACAGAUAUAUGCUGCGCCCAAAACCAAAAAACACCGGAUGGCUAGGAUGGCUAAAAAAGGGAUAAAUAAGAACACAAAUAUGACAUAUCCUAAUAUAUAGUAGUGGAGGAUUAUGGGACAAAAAAUAAAUCCACUUGGUUUCAGACUUGGUACAACCCAAAGUCAUCAUUCUCUUUGGUUUGCACAACCGAAAAAGUAUUCCGAGGGUCUACAAGAAGAUAAAAAAAUAAGAGACUGUAUCAAGAAUUAUGUACAAAAAAAUAUGAGACUAUCUUCUGGUGUCGAGGGAAUUGCACGUAUAGAGAUUCAAAAAAGACUGGAUCUAAUUCAGGUGAUAAUCUAUAUGGGAUUUCCUAAAUUAUUAAUUGAAGAUAAGCCACGAAAACUCGAAGAACUACAGAUGAAUGUGCAAAAAGAACUUAAUUGUAUGAACCGAAAACUCAACAUUGCUAUUACAAGAAUUGGAAAUCCUUAUGGGCACCCUAAUAUUCUUGCCGAAUUUAUAGCCGGACAAUUAAAGAAUCGAGUUUCAUUUCGAAAGGCAAUGAAAAAGGCUAUUGAAUUAACUGAGCAAGCGGAUACAAAAGGAAUUCAAAUACAAAUUGCAGGGCGUAUCGACGGAAAAGAAAUCGCACGUGUCGAAUGGAUCCGAGAAGGUAGGGUUCCUCUACAAACCAUUGGAGCGAAAAUUGAGUAUUGCUCUUAUAGAGUUCGAACUAUCUAUGGGGUAUUAGGAAUCAAAAUUUGAUAUUUAUAGACGAAGAAUAAUAAGAAUAAGACUCUACUUGUCUUUACGUUCUAUUCUGCGAUAGAACAAAAAAUGACAAAUUCUUUGAUUUUUUGAUUGAACAUAAAAAUCAAAAAAUGAGCAGUUCUAAAUUCUAUAAGGUUAAAUAAAAAUUUGAUUGAUCAUUUGAUAUAAUUGCUAUGCUUAGUGUGCGACUCGUUGGGUUUUUUAGGCUUAGGAUUCAAAAAAAAUGGGCGGACCACAGUAUAAGCUAAUAACUAUAGCACUAAUAACCAACUCAUCGCUUCGGAUUAUCUGGAUCCAAAGAAUCAGUCAAGAUAUGAUAUAUUGGUCAUAUCAUUAUAGCAACUGAAUUUUUUUUGCAUUAAGUAAAAGACAAAACCAAUCUGAUUAUGAAUAGAUCGAAAUUGUGAAGCAAAAUAAAAAGUAUGUGGAUAAAUAGAAGGAUGAGAGAAAGAGAGAAACAGAAAUAGCAAUGAAAUGAUAUAGGAUUCCAAUAUGUAAGGUCUAUGAAGCAUCUCAUAAAGAGCAAUGUAAUAGAGCAUCAAUAGAGAUUCAUCAAUAAUUAGAUGAAUAUCUGUUCAUUGAAGAAAAAAUCAAGAGCCUUAACUUAAGUCAAUAAAGACUGAGAA